AUGGGUUUUUUGAUUGCACCGGCCCGUGGAGAACUUCGUGACCAUGGUAUCUUUGGACUCAGAGAUGCAAAGUACCGGCACUUUCUGGAAGCUUCCAAACCAAUCAGACACGCAACCAAUGUCAGAGCAGAGCAGGACACGUAUCGGAUUAAGAGGUCAACGCUCUUCACCACAGGCGUCAAAGUGUGCCCACAGGAGACGGUUAAAGCAGUGAUCGGCAGCCAUCGCGCCUAUUACAAACUCAGAGUUUGUCAAGAGGCAAUUUGGGAAGCAUUUCGUAUCUUUCUGGACAGAGUGCCAAACCCAGAGGAGUACAGAGUAUGGGUUUACACCUGCCAGGAAGAAAACCUCUGCAUGGAUGACCUGGCCCAGAAUUUCAGCAGCUCUCAGGAGCAUCUGGACCUUGUUGCCAAAAGAGUUGCAGAGCAAGCUGAAAGUGAAGGCUUUAUAACUGGAACUCCAGAGCCUGGCAGUGAUUGCUCCUGGACUCCACCCCUGAUUCUACUUCCGACUGAGGCCGAUGUGAUCAAAAAGUAUCCUGAGGAUGUAGAAAGCAACUACGAAGAAUAUGUGGUUGAGUUCAGCAUCACCGUUGCAGACCCGGCGUACAGCAAACUGCUCAGCAACCCCGAGGUCCAGCAGUACGAAGAUGUUGCCAGAGAGCUCAGAGAAAAGGUGCGAAUUAUUGACAAACCUCCUGAAACUCAUGUGUUUGAAAAAGUUCCAGGAUUCAAGGAGAUUCGCAUUCUGGGAUUUCGAUUGGAGGACGUGUCAGUGCGAUGCGCUGUGGUCUUUAAUGGAGAAACAGAGCUUAGUGAUGACCCUGAGGGUUUGGAGGAUCCCGACCAAGAGGCAGGCGAGGAUGUAAACGCUCCAAAAUUAAGGCACAUCAUUGUCAAGGCCCUAAGAAGGGAGCCGUCACUACUUAUGGACAUACAGACGCUCAACUUUGAAGCUGUAAACACAGUUUAUCCACUUGCUGAACUUAAAAUAAACCCUCUUGAGACCUUGCCAUCUGAGGAUACCACGGCAGAGGACCAAAGUCUUGCAAAGAGUUUAUUCCCCACUGUGACAGUGCUCGAAAACUCUCUUGAUGUUUCUACCAUCAAAACAGAAUCCCACCCCUUUGUGCCCUACGUUUCACCUUCCACUGCCACUCCUGUAGAGGAGGGGUCACCAGAACAAGCUACAAUACUGGAAACUUUUAUAAAACCUAAGGAGGACGCUGAAGGGAAGGGGAAGAUGCCAAAUGGGCGUUAUAGUGGAGGUCAGGCAGAGUCGGAGGAGCUAGCGAGAGAAGAAGAGCCCAAAUCAGUUGAAGGGACCAACACAGACCAUUCAAAGCAAGAAGAAGACCACCUCUAUGUUGCACCUGUAGACUCUCAGUCUGAGGAAAAUGUAACUUCUGUGGCUGAAACCACCGUUCCACCACAGUUUACAGCUCCAAUACUUAAGGAGACAUUAGUCACAGAGGCAGGACCAGUUUCCUCACCUCCUCAUCCUGAAGACUCAGUUCAAGGCAUUGAGGCAAACAAAGAUGUGGAGCCUCCACCAUCGCCGGCAGACAGAGGUGAAACCCCUGACGACGGAAGUGAUACGAGGGAAAACUUCAAUAGUGUGGCCCCGGGCACCGCGGACUUCCCUGUGGACAACUCAAGUUCUCGAGAAGAAGUAUUGCCAACCCAGAACAGGACGGUGGUUGUGGAAGUGCUCGACUCACUGGGAGAAGAAAGUGGUAGCGGAUUUGCCUCAGAGUCUGAUGAACAUCCAUACGAAUCUACAGCCGCACCGGCCAGACAAGUCAGCACACCUUUGAUGACUGCCGUGGACAAGAACAAAGAGCUGGUGGUUUUCUUUAGCUUGAGGGUCACUAACAUGAUGUUUUCUGACGACCUGUUCAACAAGAGCUCGCCUGAAUAUAAAUCACUGGAGAAUACCUUUCUGGAGCUGCUUCUUCCGUAUUUACAGACCAAUUUGACUGGAUUCAAGCAGUUGGAGAUUCUCAACUUCAGGAAUGGGAGCGUUGUGGUAAACAGCCGGAUGAAACUGGACAAGCCGGUACCUUAUAAUGUCACAGAAGCUGUACACUGUGUGCUCGAAGACUUCUGCAGUGCAGCAUCUAAACGUCUUGACAUCGAGAUUGACAGUCGUUCUUUGGAGGUUGAACCUGCUGACCAAGCAGAUCCCUGUAAAUUCCUGGCCUGCAAUGAGUUUUCCCGCUGUGUGGUGAACAGUUGGACCAACGAAGGAGAGUGUCUGUGCAAUCCUGGUUACAGCACCGUUGACGGAUUGCCUUGCCAGAGCACCUGUUUUUUGCAGCCUGACUACUGCAUGAAUGGAGGACAGUGUGAAAUAAUUCCAGGCCAUGGAGUCACCUGCAGAUGCCCUGUUGGUAAAUACUGGCACUAUCAUGGAGAACGCUGCACCGAGCUGGUGUCGGUGCCUCUGGAUCCGUCACUCAUUGUUACCUGCAUGGUGGGGAGUCUUUGCCUUGUUUGUGCCGUCAUUGGCGUUUUGAUAUUCAUCAACAAGAAAUGUGUGAAAACCAGGAAGGCGGUGACUUUAGUGUGAGUCAGAGCCUGUUUUUAUUUCCAACUCAUUUUUCAAAAGUGUUAGUUCCAAGGGUGGCACAAGUGUAUUUUGUUAACUUCCUCAUGUGUCCUUACAUUAUAGGCACACCCUUGCUCCCUAUGCCUUUGAGAAUACUCUGAGGGAGAACCCAGUAUUUGAGAAUGAUGAUGGCAUCUUAACUCAUGUGUCCACAUUACCAUGUCCUUCAAGCUCAGUCUCUUCUCAGUCCCAGCAGUCUGAACAAGAGCAUUUUGCCUCGAUUGAAAAUAUACACCUGAGUAUUGAGGUACUCUGUGCAGUGCUGCACAAAAAUCUAAUGUACUACUAACCCAAUUCAAAACUAAAAUAUUCAAACAACCAAUUACUCUUUAUCUUAGGACUAACACCUAAUUCUUGCUCCAACUUUGCUACCUUUCUAGACAUAUUUUCUUCUUUUUCUAAAUCACAAAGCAGCUUAACAUGCACAACUGCAGAAACUGACUUGUCCAUCCUCUUUUUACGUUGUUGGUAAGCUUCUUUAUGCAAGUUUUAGAAAAGUGCUUGCUUUUGUCUAUGUUCUCUUGUUAGACCUUUUUCUGGGUCGAUAACACUAAGGGGCACAUUCACACCAUGCCUGAGCAUUUGGUUUAGAAAUCUGCUUUGGUGGGACAAUUCAUGGCAACUAGAUGAACCAAGAAAACCAUGUUGGGUCACAAAGAACAAGUGUUCUAGUUUACUCUCAAAUGGGGCUGGGUUGACCAGAUACAUUAUUUAGACAAUAGGAAAUAGGUAUUGUUUUAUAUGAAGCUAUAUUGUUUACAACAAGGUUAGGCAUUUUACUUGACUAUCUUACAUCAAAAUGCGGCUUAUGUGGCAAAAAAUAGAGUAAUAGAAUAAUUUUCACUAGUCAACCCAGAGGAUUUUGUGUAUAAAAUCGUUGCAACUUCUAUCAGAAAGAUGUGAUUUGGAGAAGACUGAAAGCACCAGACAACAUUAUUUAUGAAAAAUGUGGCUCCCAGAAAAAAAAAGCACCCCUUUGUAAGGAACGCCGAGACAGACAGGAUGCUAUUUUCAGCACAUCACCUGUUGAGUGUUUUCAGUAACAAACUC